UUUCUCAGCGAUUUUUGUUGUGGGGUUUAGUAGCACGUGUUUUCUGUGCCUCGUGAUUCCUCCUGAUUUAUUAAUCCAGUGUGUUUUCUAGCAGAGUUCAUUGAGCUCGCAGGUCGAGAGGAUGACAGCUCGAGUGUUCUGCUUAUUGAGUGCUCUUUUGUUGUGUCUGUCUGCAUGUUUGAGCACAACAGAUGCUGUAGUCGUAGCAGCAAAGCCAGGAGAGUGUCCAAGCAAAAUAUCUGGAGUGAGAAAGUGUGGCGAGUUGUGUUCGUGUGACCAUGACUGUCCGAACAAUGAGAAAUGCUGCAGCAAUGGAUGUGGACAUCAGUGUAUGCCUCCAUAUUCAGUGAAGCCUGCCGCCGAGCCGCCCAAGCCUCCAGUGAAGCCUGCCGCCGAGCCGCCCAAGCCUCCAGUGAAGCCUGCCGCCGAGCCUCCCAAGCCUCCAGUGAAGCCUGCCGCCGAGCCUCCCAAGCCUCCAGUGAAGCCUGCCGCCGAGCCGCCCAAGCCUCCAGUGAAGCCUGCCGCCGAGCCGCCCAAGCCUCCAGUGAAGCCUGCCGCCGAGCCGCCCAAGCCUCCAGUGAAGCCUGCCGCCGAGCCGCCCAAGCCUCCAGUGAAGCCUGCCGCCGAGCCGCCCAAGCCUCCAGUGAAGCCUGCCGCCGAGCCGCCCAAGCCUCCAGUGAAGCCUGCCGCCGAGCCGCCCAUGCCUCCAGUGAAGCCUGCCGCCGAGCCGCCCAUUCCUCCAGUGUGUGGCGGAAGCUGUCCUCAAACUCCCCAUCAAGGUGGCGGUGACGACGGAAGAGGACGAGGCCACGGUGGAAAAAAACGAGGCCACGGUGGAAAAAAACGAGGCCACGGCGGAAAAAAACGAGGCCACGGCGGAAAAAGACGAGGCCACGGCGGACAUGGGCAAGGCCAUAAACACGACUGUGAUGGGACUGAGGGACAAUGUGAUGGCAAAUGUCAGUCGUAGUGUUUUGUUUUAUCACCAAAUAAAUCUUUAUUCAAUGUC